AUGCCAUUGAAUAAACUGAUUCAAGACGGUGACAACCAGGAUUUGACCAAUGAGAGAUUCAAAUCAACUUUCGACACUGAUGCUCUCGCUGCAGUUUUUCAUUCGGGAGAGGACUCGUUGAAAAGAAUUCGUGAAGUGAGAGAUGAGAUUACAAAACGAGGACAUCUUUUUGAUUCUUUGCCAGCUGCUCACAGAACUAGAGCCGAGAAAAUGGAAGAUGUCAGCAGAAAGCUUAAAAACUUGAUGGAAAACGUCAACGAAUUUGCCGACUUCACCAAUAAUCUCGACAUGCUGACAAUUAUUCGUGAUGUGAUGGGAGUUGAGGGGUUCCCAUUGGCUCUUCACAAUCUGAUGUUUGUUCCGACUAUUCAAAAUCAGGCAGAUGAUGAACAGACUGAGUGGUGGUUGAUGGAUGCUAUCCAAGGAAAAAUUAUCGGAACUUAUGCUCAAACGGAACUCGGACACGGAACCAAUUUGAGUGCCAUCGAGACAACGGCAACUUAUGACAAAUCGACGGAAGAGUUUAUCAUUCACACUCCGACAACAACUGCAACAAAAUGGUGGCCAGGAGGUCUAGGAACCAGUUGUACCCAUGUGAUUCUUGUUGCCAACUUGAUAAUUGACAAUAAGAAUUAUGGGCUUCACCCAUUCUUCGUUCCAAUUCGUGAUCGAAACUCCUAUUCCCAAAUGUCUGGAGUCCGUGUAGGUGAUAUUGGAACAAAGAUGGGAGUGAAUUGCGUGGAUAAUGGAUUCCUAGCAUUUGACAACUACCAUAUCCCUCGUCGCAAUAUGCUUAUGAAACAUAGCAAAGUAUCCAAAGAAGGAGUCUACACUGCUCCAUCUCAUCCAAAAGUUGGAUACACUACAAUGUUGUACAUGAGAUCUGAAAUGAUUAUGCAUCAAUCUUACUAUCUGGCAAUGGCUAUGGUCAUCGCAAUCCGAUAUUCAGCUGUUCGCAGACAAGGAGAGAUCAAACCGGGAACUCAAGAAGUUCAGAUUCUCGACUACCAGACUCAACAAUACCGUCUCUUCCCAGGACUUGCUCGUUGUUUUGCAUUUGUGACAGCAGCUAAUACGGUCCGUCAGAUGACUGAAAGUUGUAUUCAAGAGUUGUCGCAUGGAAAAUCAGAUGUUCUGGCUGAUCUUCAUGCAUUAUCUUGUGGAUUGAAGGCAGUAGUCACUCAUCAAUCGUCCACUUCUAUCGAUCAGGCAAGACAGGGUUGUGGAGGUCAUGGAUAUUCGGAUGCCAGUUAUUUGCCAACUCUUUAUACUUGCUCCGUGGGUGCAUGCACAUAUGAAGGAGAGAACAUGGUUAUGCUUCUGCAGCUGUCCAAGUACCUCAUGAAAGCGGCUGCUAAAGCGGAGGAAGGAGCUGUCAUGGCCCCACUUGUCGCCUAUCUUGCCAAAUCGGAACCAGUUGCCAUUGGAGAUAAGUUCGAAAAGCUGCUCAGCCAUUUUGAGCAUAUUGCUCGUCAUCGUGUCAUGCAUGCAUAUCGUCAGAUGAUCGAAGAAGAGAAGCAGGGAAUCGAGAGAGAUUACGCCUUCGCAAAUCAUUCGGUCGACUGGACCAAGGCCGCUCGAGCACAUACAAAACUUUUCAUUGCUCGUGGAUUUGUGAAAAUGGUUCAAGAAGUGUCGAAUCCAGAAGUGCAUGCUGUGUUGACAACUCUCGCUGAGCUCUAUUUGUCCUACGAACUUAUUGAGAUGUCUUCUGAUUUGACAGCCAACGGAUACCUUUCAGAAUCUCAAGUCCAAGAAAUCAGACAUCAAAUUUACGAUUGUAUGAAAAAGAUUCGUCCGAAUGCCGUCUCAAUCGUCGACUCAUUUGAUUUCUGCGACAGAGAGCUUCGUUCGGUCCUCGGUCGCCGUGACGGACACGUGUAUGAGAAUUUGUACAAAUGGGCCCAAAUGAGUCCACUCAAUCAGAAGAACCUGCCUCAUGUGGAGAAGUAUUUGAAACCAAUGACCAGCAAACUAUAA